CCCUGGUCCUCCGAUUGCUACUUAUCAAGUGGGCUACGUUACUAUUUGCUAACUUGCACUAUCAGCAGUUCUUCUCGCAUAUAAAGACACGUCGUCUCCACCUCGACCUCUUCCACUCCACUGGCCUCUUCACCUUAGUGACCACUCUUCAGAACUUCAAAAUGACAACUGCACAGCCCAUAUUUUCCAAAGGAGAGAAUUGCAAAGACGGGUGGCACGACGCUUCAGCCGGCUACAAUGAGACCGACACACAUCUUGAGAUUCUAGGAAAGCCGGUUAUGGAACGCUGGGAGACUCCAUACAUGCACUCACUCUCAACUGUGGCUGCCUCAAAGGGAGGCAGAGUCCUGGAGAUUGGUUUUGGAAUGGCCAUCGCUGCUACUAAACUAGAGAGCUUCCCCAUUGAGGAGCACUGGAUUAUUGAGUGCAAUGACGGAGUGUUCCAGAGGCUACAGGAAUGGGCCAAGGUUCAGCCUCACAAAAUUGUGCCAUUGAAAGGCCUGUGGGAGGAUGUUGUCGCCACUCUACCAGACAACCACUUUGACGGCAUUCUGUAUGACACAUACCCUCUGACUGAGGAUACAUGGCACACUCAUCAGUUUAACUUCAUUCAGGGUCAUGCCAACAGAUUGCUGAAAUCUGGAGGAGUUCUCACCUACUGCAAUCUUACCUCCUGGGGAGAGCUGCUGAAGGGUAAAUAUGACAACAUUGAGAAAAUGUUCCAGGAGUCCCAAGUGCCUCAUCUGAUCAAGGCUGGCUUCAAGAAGGAGAACAUCAGCACAACCCUGAUGGACAUCAUUCCCCCUGCUGAUUGCAAAUAUUAUUCCUUCAACAAAAUGAUUACACCAACCAUUCUCAAGAAGUAAAGACACUAGCCGGUGACUGACCCUUUUCUAAUAGCUCUUUCUCCACUGCCUCCUGUAAUAGUCAUUAGCUACUGAAUCUCCUUUUGCUUAUUUGCUGCAAGUUUAACACAACCUUAUCCAUGGUAACUGCUACUAACCGCUACAUUCAGACCUGCCUUCGGGGGAGGAGGGAGGGCCGUAGAGAUCAUUUUGUCCCGGGCCCAAGCAAGACACACGGCUGGCCUGACCUCAUUAGCAGGAUGUAGCCGUUUUCGUAUAUGUAAUAAUUUCAUAAAGGUACACCAUUCCACAACUCUGAUUCUGCCCUGUAUCUUUUCAAAAUAAAUCAAUCACUAAUUUGUUGUAA